UCGUCGUCCAGCACUUUGCGUGCAGCCCGCCGACAAGCGUAAGCGCUCAUAAUCUUUUCGAAACCUUUGGGCGCCUUUGACUGCACUCGCUGUGCCUCCAAAUUUUCCUCGUCAGCCCUGUGUGUCUUCAACGCCAGCACUGGGGUUCGCCACUGCGCCACUUGCUCUUUUCGCGCGCGCCGCACUCAAUCGUUUCGGGAUUGGGCCGGUCUCCGGAACAGAUCCGGAGCGCCCCUAUAAAAUGGGCGCGACGCACGCCUGCCCGCACCAGUUCAUUGAACACUCCACACUACCUAGCUGCUCAAUACCACAAACUUCAAGCCAAACAGCAACAACAAUGACUUUCCAGGCUCUGGGCACACUCGCGAUGCUGGGCAGCGGCGCCAUUCUGGCGUCCACGUUGGCGACAGCCGCCCAGGACGCCCGCGACGGACGGUUCCUUGCGGCUCACGCGCAAACAGCGCGCCGGGAUCAGUAUCAGGAGAAGCUUAUAGUCAGCUACCGGAACCCCCAGUCAUUUGAGCGGAACUUUGUGUCGGCGCUGGCGUCGGGGCCAUAGAGCAACUGCCACGCCUGCCUGAACACAAUCUAAGAAACACAGGGUGCUUUUCACCACCGAACACGAGAGCGCUAGGGCCUGCGGCACGGCGCAGCAUUCAAGGCAUCGUUUGUCUGCGGUUACGCACCAAGCUGAGGAGGCACGUAUUGCGCUGCCCUGGGGAGCCUAUGUUGAGUUCUGACUCAUGAUCGAUUGCGGUGUGUACUAGCUAUGGCUAGGGUGUUGCAUGGUAAAGCGGAGGGUUGCUAAGUAACAAAGAUGGCGGGAGCGUGCCGUAUACACCACGCAAUCACAUGCACAAACACGUCUGGGUGUAUCGGCUUGGCAACGUUACAAUGAAAACAGCACUGCAAGAGCAGGGAUCCUGUUGCAGCAUGUUUUGGGUAACACACCUCAAUCACUCAAUAACGCAGCGUUGCUCGCGUGCCGGUUAAGAUAAAGUGCAAAUAAUCGCUGUAAAUAGGACCGCAACCUCACAAGUAAAUAAAGAUGUGGUAAGUUGGUUUAUUCUUGGCUGAAGUGGAUGUGCGUGUCAGGCGUUUGUGGUUUGCGGUGCACGUGCUGUCACACUCCUAAAAGGCGAGCUGCGUGGACGUCCGCACGCGCUUGCCGCAUCCUAAUGAUUGCAGUUUGGAUUUGCGAUUUGAUAAAUUCUAUGACUGUACUUGCAAAGUGCUUACCGCAGUAAGGCUGCAAUGUACCGUAUUAUGACAACGCGUGCCAGGAGAGAGUGACACGGAAGACGCUUACGUCACAUGACGCCGACGUGGGACAGCAUUCAUACUGUACUGUAAAGGCGGGUGGUGUAGCUGAUGGCGGAGCCGGUGAUUGCGGUACAUCUACAGACACGACACAGAGUUGACGGGAUAUCAGACGCUGGCAUUGUCAGCGUCAAGGCCGCAGCCAUGACGCUUGCAAUUGCCGUGCUGUGGUGCGACAUGUAAUUACCGGAGGAG